ACGUCGCUUAGGUACCGCCUAACACAGACGCGUCUACACGCGAUCAACUUACUGACGAUUUGAGUGCAACUUUCCCACAGCAUCGCGCUGCUGCUUGAUGUCGACUUUGUUGUUGUUUGCUUGUUCCUCCCGCUAUAUCAAACGUGCCACCAUCCACCUCAAGUCAUAGUUCGAGGAAGAGCCUCUGUCGGACUUGCUCAGCCAGCAGACUUUUGCUAUGACGCCAUCGAUGAAAUUGUUGCUCACACCCUCGAUGCCGGAGCAUCGACCGACUUUGCUAUACAACUACUGGACCAGCUUUCGGGGCAAGACGCGUCAAGAUGUCCUAGGAAUUGGAGAACUUUAUCACCCUUUCCGGCUGCUCCAACACCGUCAUGUUGGAGGCCAAUGGCAAGUGCUCGUGCAAUGGCUUGGAUAUACCGACGAGGGAGAGGACGUCUCGUGGGAGCCAGCCGCGAAGAUUCGCGCCGAUGCGCCUGAUGUGUUGAUGGACUACUGCCGCUAUGUAAAGGAUGAUGGAGAAAAUGCAGCGUUGCUCGGACCCAUCGCACGAAUGGAGGCAAACAGCGAGGUCAAGAAUCAAGCCGCAGCGCUUGCGACCGCAAGACGUCCAGCGAAGAGGAGGAGGGACAGUGUGAUCGAGCAGGCCAUGCCCCCAAUUAAUCGAUGCCGACGCUCAUCCAGACAUGGUUCGACACCAGCCACACAACGUCCCUUGCCCGGAUUGUCGACAUCUAAGUGUAAACAAUCACCUGCAGUUGUUCGCCGCACAAUGAUGUGGUUCAUGGACGCUUUCACUGUUACCGACCUGCAAAAGGUUUGUCGCUUCGUUGAUGAACACUGCACAGGCAAACUACGUUUACCAUUGCACAGCAGCGGCGACUGGGACGGAAAUGCUACCAGAAGUAGAUGGGAAUAUGUUUUUAUGGUAAGUCCGCUUGGAUGGUCGGGCAAAUAGGUAUGACGAUCAAGAUCGAAAAUAGAGUAAUUACAAUCAAAGUCUGGCAACUUCGCAAACGUGAAUAGUAUCUCGUCGUAAUCCAGCGAGUGA